UCGACGACCAUGCCAGCCCAGCAGCGGCUCGACUUUACCCAGCCCCUCAAGGGUGCGGGCAGCACCUCGGAGCUCACAAAGCGCCUCAAGCACGCCCACACCCAGCUGCGCGACUUUGACCAGGACCUCGUCGACACCUCGUCCCUCGACGACCUCGCUGCCCAGCUCCGCCAGCCCAACCUCCUGCUCCACAAGGACAAGGGCGUAAAGGCCUACGCCGCCGCGUGUCUCGUCGACGUCCUCCGCCUGUACGCCCCCGAGGCCCCGUACACACCCGCCCAGCUCAAGGACAUCUUCGACUUCCUCAUCCGCCAGUUCCGCUACGUCGGCAACCCGACCGACCCGCACCAGGCCGAGUACUUCUUCGUCGUCGACUCGCUCGCGUCCGUAAAGUCGAUCGUGCUCGUGUGCGACCUCGACGCCGCCGACGACCUCAUCGAGCGCGUCUUCCGCGAGGCGUUCGACACCAUCUCGACCUCGUCGCCCAAGAACGUCGAGCUCGCCCUGUGCGACAUCCUCCUCGCCCUCCUCGAAGAGGUGCCCAACGUCCCGACCCCGGUCACCGACAUCCUCACGGCCCAGUUCCUCCCGCGUGCCAUCAAGCAGCGCCCUGCCGCACACCGCCUCGCGACCGAGGUCUGCCGCGGCGCGACCGACAAGCUCCAGCGGCACGUCAGCCAGUACUUUGGCGAGACGAUCGUGGCCGGCGGCGGCGACAAGGACGACGACCUCCCGACCGCGCUCGUCGAGGCGCACGACCUCAUCCGGUCCCUGAACCGCCACGUGCCCGCCCUCCUCCUCAACGUCGUCCCGCAGCUCGCCGAGGAGCUCACGACGGCCUCGCCGGCCUACCGCCGCCUCGCGACGGGCGCCCUCGGCGCCAUGUUUGGCGAGCCCGUCGGCCGCGGCGACCUCGCAAAGGCGUUCCCGACCGUGUGGAAGGAGUGGCUCCGCAGGAGCAAGGACGUCGACGCGACCGUGCGCGCGAGGAUGUGCGGCAGCUUGAGGCGGAUCUGGAGGGAGCACCCGGAACUCGCCAACGACCUCACGCAGGUCACGGUCGGCGCUCUCCUGAGCGACAGCGACGAGAAGGUGCGCAUCGCGGCGUGCUCGUCGUUCGACGACAUCGACUACGAGACGGCGUCGCACCACGUUCCGCGCCUCGUCCUCGAGGCCGUCAGCGCGAGGCUCCACGACAAAAAGGAGAAGGUCCGUGCGGUCGCGUGCCGGAUCUUGAGCCGGCUGUACGACCUGGCCUACCCCGAGAUCGAGAGUCGUGACGAGCAGGCGACCAAGCAGUUCGCGUGGAUCCCGGGUCGACUGCUCGACUCGCUCGUGUUCACCGACGCGAACGCCUCCACGACUCACCGCCACCUCAUCAACGCCGCCUUCCUGUCGUCGAUCGUCCCGCAGCCCAAGUCGGACAAGGACGCCGGCGAGCCCGACGCCGUCGCCUCGUGGGUCGACCGCCUGCUCGUCGUCGAGCGCUCGCUCGUCUCCGAGGAGCAGCGCUUUGCGUUCCUCAACCUGUCGAGGCUCGCCGACCGGCGCGGCGGGAGCGUGUGGGAGGGCUACGUCUCGGCGUGCGAGAGCUACAACUCGGGCAUCAUCGACGACAAGAGCCAGGCCGACGUCAUCAAGGGCUUCCUCAAGCGCACCAUCCGCACCAUUUCCAGCAACAUGCCCGACCCGACCAAGGCGUCCGACGACCUCAUGACGUUCGCGACGCAGAACGUCGCCCAGCUGUACCGCGAGCUGCGCGCCCUACUCGACCCGCAGACCGACCUGCGCGCCCACAUCAAGAACACGCGCGACCUCCUCAAGCGCGUCGAGAAGUUUCCGCACGGCGACAGCUGUCGCGCGACGUUCGAGGCCUUCAUCCGCCUCGCGAGCUACCCGCUCGUCAACCGCUCGAGCAUCCCGCAGCUCCUGCGGCGCCUGACGGGCACGACGGGCGACGACGCGCCCCAGUUUGCGGCGAGCGCGGCGCGCGUCCUCGAGCACGUGAGCAAGAGCCGCCCGGUCCUGUUCAAGUCGCACGUCGCCGAGCUCGUCAAGCUCCUCGCCGACCAGAGCCCGAGCGACGAGCCCGUCGAGGGUGGCACGGUCGCGUCGCUCGUCCUGCACGCGCUCGCGUGCCUCAAGCGCGCCGACGAGUCGGUCGUCGUCGAGGCCAAGCUCGCCAAGAAGGCCGUCGCGUUCGCGAGCGGGUCCAAGGACGAGCGCGAGGCCAAGCAUGCGGCGACGCUCGUCGCACUCGACAAGGGUCGGCCCGGCGCGCUCGAUGAUCUCGUCGAGACCCUGUCGGACUCGAUUCAGAACGCUCCCGCCUCGACGCUCGUCGCCCACCUCGCCGCCCUCGCCCGCAUCGCCCUGCACGGCCAGUCGUCCUUCGAGCGCCGCAGCGAGUCGCUCAUCGCCUCGUCGCUCGAGGUGCUCACGCGCGCCGGGAGCGCCGGCGAGGCGGUCGGCGGGCCGGACGGCGCGGCGGACCAGGACGAGGACGAGGCGGCGCCGACGUGGUCCGAGGAGUGCGACCCGCUCACGCGCGCUCGCGUGCUCGCCAUCAAGGUCGUCGUCAACCGCUGCCUCGCGUACGCCGCGACGGACGAGGCGCAGAAGGUCGGCAAGGAGGCGUUUACGAUGCUGUGGCCGAUGUUGACGCAGCACGGCAGCACGGACGGCACGACCUACAGCCCGGCCGUCGCCUCGCGCAUCCGCCUCGCCGUCGCCCUGUCGAUCCUCAAGCUCUUUGCCUCGCGCGACCCGUACUACAUGCGCGUCGUCCUCGCCAAGUUCGACCUGUUUACGCGCACGGCGCAAGACUCGACGUUCGAGCUGCGCGAGGCGUUCCUCAAGAAGCUCGUCGUGUACCUGCGCAAGGACCGCUUCCACCCCAAGGUCGUCGCUCGCCUCAACAUGGUCCUGUUCCUCGUCGCGCACGAGCCCGAGGACGAGCUCAAGGAGACGGUGCUCAAGUUUGUGAGGAGUCGCCGCCAACGUCUUCCCGACACCGUUCGCCAGGAGCUGUGGGAGUACCCGUUCCUGCGCCUUGCGCACAUCCUCGCCCACCACCCCGACUUUGAAGGCGUCGACACGAGCGACGCCGUCGUGCUCAAGUCGAUCGCCAAGUACCUCGAGGACUACUUCGACAUCUUCGUCACGAGCGAGAACCUGUCGUUCUUCUUCCAGCUGGCGCUCAAGAUCAAGACGGUGCGCGACAAGCAGUUGCCCGACCGGAGCGAGAACCUGUACAUCCUGUCCGAGCUCUCGCAGCACCUCCUCAAGCUCCUCGGCGCGCGCCACUCGUGGCCGAUCACGACCUACGCCGGCAAGGUCUCGCUCUACGCCGACCUGUUCACGACCUUCUCGACCCAGGACGAGGCCAACAAGGUCGUCAAGAACGAGUUCAUCGCGCCCGAGGUGCUCAAGGAGAUC